AUGCAGCACUGGGCCCGGCGCCUGGAGCAGGAGAUUGAUGGUGUGAUGCGGAUCUUUGGGGGUGUCCAGCAGCUCCGCGAGAUCUACAAGGACAACAGGAAUCUGUUUGAGGUGCAGGAGAAUGAGCCUCAGAAGCUGGUGGAGAAGGUGGCGGGGGACAUUGAGAGCCUGCUGGACAGGAAGGUGCAGGCCCUGAAGAGAUUGGCUGAUGCUGCAGAGAACUUCCAGAAAGCCCACCGCUGGCAGGACAACAUCAAGGAGGAAGACAUCGUGUACUAUGAUGCCAAAGCCGAUGCUGAGCUGGACGACCCUGAGAGUGAGGAUGUGGAAAGGGGGUCCAAGGCCAGCACCCUCCGGCUGGACUUCGUUGAGGACUCAAACUUCAAGAACAAGGUCAACUAUUCAUACACAGCCGUGCAGAUCCCCACGGACAUCUACAAAGGCUCCACCGUCAUCCUCAAUGAGCUCAACUGGACGGAGGCCCUGGAGAAUGUGUUCAUGGAGAACCGCAGGCAGGACCCCACGCUCCUGUGGCAGGUCUUCGGCAGUGCCACGGGAGUCACUCGCUACUAUCCAGCUACGCCGUGGCGAGCCCCCAAGAAAAUCGACCUGUAUGAUGUCCGCAGGAGACCCUGGUAUAUCCAGGGGGCCUCGUCGCCCAAGGACAUGGUCAUCAUCGUGGAUGUGAGUGGCAGUGUGAGUGGCUUAACCCUGAAGCUGAUGAAGACGUCAGUCUGUGAGAUGCUCGACACGCUCUCCGAUGACGACUAUGUCAACGUGGCCUCGUUCAAUGAAAAGGCACAGCCUGUGUCAUGCUUCACACACCUGGUGCAGGCCAACGUACGUAACAAGAAGGUGUUCAAGGAAGCUGUUCAGGGCAUGGUGGCCAAGGGCACCACGGGAUACAAGGCCGGCUUUGAGUACGCCUUCGACCAGCUGCAGAACUCCAACAUCACUCGUGCCAACUGCAAUAAGAUGAUCAUGAUGUUCACGGAUGGCGGCGAGGACCGCGUGCAGGAUGUCUUUGAGAAGUACAACUGGCCCAACCGGACGGUGCGCGUGUUCACUUUCUCCGUGGGGCAGCACAACUACGACGUCACACCGCUGCAGUGGAUGGCCUGCACCAACAAAGGUUACUAUUUUGAGAUCCCUUCCAUUGGUGCCAUCCGCAUCAACACGCAGGAAUAUCUGGACGUAUUGGGCAGGCCCAUGGUGCUGGCGGGCAAGGAGGCCAAGCAGGUGCAAUGGACUAAUGUGUACGAGGAUGCACUGGGGCUGGGGAUGGUGGUGACAGGGACCCUCCCUGUUUUCAACCUGACACAAGAUGGCCCUGGGGAAAAGAAGAACCAGCUGAUCCUGGGUGUGAUGGGCAUCGAUGUGGCUCUGAAUGACAUCAAGAGGCUGACUCCCAACUACACGCUUGGAGCCAACGGCUACGUAUUUGCCAUUGACCUGAAUGGUUACGUAUUGCUUCACCCCAACCUCAAGCCCCAGACCACCAACUUCCGGGAGCCUGUGACCCUGGACUUCCUGGAUGCAGAACUGGAGGAUGAGAACAAGGAGGAGAUCCGCAGAAGCAUGAUUGAUGGCAACAAGGGCCACAAACAGAUCAGAACCCUGGUCAAGUCCUUGGAUGAGAGGUACAUAGACGAGGUGACACGGAACUAUACCUGGGUGCCCAUAAGAAGUACUAACUACAGCCUCGGGCUCGUGCUCCCGCCCUACAGCACCUUCUACCUCCAAGCCAACCUCAGUGACCAGAUCCUGCAGGUCAAGUAUUUUGAGUUCCUGCUCCCCAGCAGCUUUGAGUCUGAAGGACAUGUAUUCAUUGCUCCCAGAGAGUAUUGCAAGGACCUGAAUGCCUCAGACAACAACACCGAGUUCCUGAAAAACUUCAUUGAGCUCAUGGAGAAAGUGACUCCAGACUCCAAACAGUGCAACAACUUCCUCCUGCACAACCUGAUUCUGGACACAGGCAUCACACAGCAGCUGGUGGAGCGCGUGUGGCGGGACCAGGAUCUCAACACGUACAGCCUUCUGGCCGUGUUCGCUGCCACCGAUGGUGGCAUCACUCGAGUGUUCCCCAACAAGGCAGCUGAAGACUGGACAGAGAACCCUGAGCCCUUCAAUGCCAGCUUCUACCGCCGCAGCCUGGACAACCAUGGCUAUGUCUUCAAGCCCCCCCAGCAGGAUGCCCUGUUAAGGCCUCUGGAGCUGGAGAAUGACACGGUGGGCAUCCUUGUCAGCACUGCUGUGGAGCUCAGCCUGGGUGGACGUACACUGAGGCCAGCAGUGGUAGGCGUUAAGCUGGACCUAGAGGCCUGGGCUGAGAAGUUCAAGGUGCUAGCCAGCAACCGUACCCACCAGGACCAGCCUCAGAAGCAGUGCGGCCCAAACAGCCACUGUGAGAUGGACUGCGAGGUUAACAAUGAGGACCUGCUCUGUGUCCUCAUUGAUGAUGGGGGAUUCCUGGUGCUGUCAAACCAGAACCAUCAGUGGGACCAGGUGGGCAGGUUUUUCAGUGAAGUGGAUGCCAACCUGAUGCUGGCACUCUACAAUAACUCCUUCUACACCCGCAAGGAGUCCUACGACUAUCAGGCAGCCUGUGCCCCCUUACCCCCGGGCAACCUGGGUGCUGCACCCCGGGGCAUCUUUGUGCCCACUAUUGCAGACUUCCUUAACCUAGCCUGGUGGACUUCUGCUGCAGCCUGGUCUUUGUUCCAGCAACUUCUCUAUGGUCUCAUCUACCACAGCUGGUUCCAGGCAGACCCCGCGGAGGCCGAGGGGAACCCCGAGGUGCGCGAGAGCAGCUGCGUCAUGAAACAGACCCAGUACUACUUCGGCUCGGUGAACGCCUCCUAUAACGCCAUCAUCGACUGCGGAAACUGCUCCAGGCUCUUCCACGCGCAGAGACUGAUCAACACCAACCUUCUCUUCGUGGUGGCCGAGAAGCCGCUGUGCAGCCAGUGUGAGGCCGGCCGGCUACUGCAUCCCCCACCGUUCCCUGCUCACCUGCCCCCCACUCCCCGCCUUAGAGCCUUGCCCCCUCCCUCCAUGAAGGAACUGCGCCCUCCUGGCCCCCAGAAUCUGCGCCUUGGGAGCAAGAAUUCCAACCUGAGGCAGGCAUACACCAGACCGUGGAAGUGCCGGGAGUUCGCGCCCGCUGGACCAUCCAACAUUCUUACUCGCACACCUGCCCACAAGGACACACCCACUCAGGUGUACGGGCAGACAUGGAGCCACUCCUCCCGGGAAAUUCAGAAAGUGCGUGGCGUGCAGCUGUGCAGCCGCUGGUUCUCGCCGCUCUCCUGA